AUGCAGCCUCCUUUGCCCUCUGCUACGCCAAGCUGGCGCAAUGACACUUACACGGCCAUCUCGCCCACAAGGCCUGAGCUCAAUGCUUCAGGCAAGACCAUUGUCAUCACCGGUGCUGGGAGCGGCAUUGGCCGCGAGACGGCCACGGCAUUUGCAGCCGCGGGAGCUGCCCGCAUUGCCCUGCUUGGCCGGACGGAUGCGUCGCUAAAGGAAACUGCUGCCGCACUGCCCUCGUCUGUUUCAACCUCGUCCCAUGUGGUCGAUGUCACAAGCGAGGAGUCUCUGGCCAAGGCGGCUGGGGUGAUUGGCACGUGGGAUGUGCUCGUCCUGGGGGCUGGUCAUGUCUCCACGCCGUCGAGCAUUGCGGAUUCGAACUUUGCUGAGUUUUGGCAGUCUUUCGAGACCAAUACCAAAGGCACCUAUGCUUCGCUUCACGCAUUCUUACCCACUGCCAAUGCUACCCAUGCCGCGGUCAUUGCGGUGACCACAGGCACCACGGCCCUUCCAGCAACCAUGGUGCCGGGACUGUCGGCGUACAUGUCGUCCAAGCUCGCACAGACGAAGCUGAUCGAGUUCCUGGCUGCCGAACACUCGAACCUCUUUGCAGCGACCCUGCACCCGGGCAUGGUCGAGACGGGCAUCUUCACCAAAAGCGGUGCCAAGGCCGAGGCUCUUCCCAUGGACAAAGUACAACUUCCGGCGCACUUCACCGUCUGGUUGGCGAGUCCUGAGGCGGCCUUCCUAAACGGGAGAUCGGUCUGGGCGAAUUGGGAUGUUGAUGAGCUCAAGGCAAAGGCAGAGGCCAUCCAGCAGAGCCAGCUCUUCACUGCUGGCAUCAACGGCUGGCCUUUUACCCCAUAG